UUUUACUCAUUUGCCUGUGUCGGACACUGAAUAAAAGUUAAUACUGUUCAAUAAAAUGCGAUUGCGAGACCCUUUAAAAUCAAUUUAUUUGUCCAGUCUAUUCAUAAAUUAAUCACAUAUGCAUGAUUGGGUAGCGAUGACUAUAAACCAAUUCUCAGAUUAAUUUUGAGGACACUUCAACGACGGAUAUUAUUAGACAUUAUAAUCGACGAUUGUAUACCGAUACUUUAUCGCGCCACCAUGGAAAACAAGGUCAAAUCCAUAAUGCUCCUGCUUCUGAUUGUGGUUUGUGACAGUAGCUGUCCAUCUACUUGGUACGCCAUACCUGGAAACCGAUGCAUCAAAGUAUACGUAGGGCAGACAGAUUUGUUUAAUAUUCCAGGCACUGAACCAUGCGCGAAGUUCUCUGAUGAUACAAGGGUUUCAACAUUUUUCCCCGUGACAGAUGAAAACUACAAUGUUACAAAGUCGUUACUUUUGAAUCUAGUUCCUUGGUCAUCUCUAUACUAUCUGGAUUGGUCCACUGAUGGAACUAACAUUUUUGAUAGCGAUGGAAAUGGCGUAUAUCUGAACAUAGGAAAUCUUGAUACAGCCGCCAUGAACUGUGUUGUUGUUGACAUGACGACUGAUACAGUGAAUGCAUACUGCGAUGACACAGUGAUUUCGUACGUUUGUGAAAUGAAACCAUGUGGUUAUUAGUAACGUUUUUGGGAGAUGAAGUGCGAUCGCUGGAAUAAAAAAGAAUUAUAUCUUUUUUGUCUACUUAUUUUAUGCUACAAUCAUAUUAUUCAAAUCAUUUAACGAGUUCUGUUUAUUACAAAAUACACAAUUAAUUAUUAUUAAU